UAAUGGAUGAAUCGUGAGGUCUGACGAUAACACAGUGGUCAUCCACAGGGAAAGGACUAUUGUAAUCGUUACCGUUAUGUACUUCUUGUUCGCUCAAAGGUUUACAGACAUCCGUAAGUAGCUGUUAUUGUGUGAAAUAAUAAGAUUGGAAGUUAAGGAAAAUGGGGAACUUCUACCAUGUGCUGAGUGCGCUGUGUAUAUUAUGCAUAGUGUUAAUUGAAGGAGAAUUUAUCGAAAUGUCUCAGUACCACCGUAUGCCGAAGCUGUGGCAGAUGGAUGAUUAUGACGAGUGUCUUCAAUCCUCUGGACCGAAUGAACCGGCCGGUGUGUACUGUACCAGUGCAGUCGUACUGAAACCGGACAAUCGUUCCGAGCUUUGGAGAUUGAUCGAGGAAUUCUCCAGCGACUACAAGCGCCACUAUAAUCAUCAAGUGCUGAAAUGGGGCGUAUGUGUAAAAAAGUGUCAAAAAGCGAUCGAAAACCUAUCACCCCAGGCGAGGAAAGGGCUAACGGUGGAAAAGUUCCCGAUUGAUGUUAGGUACAAAUUCGAGGAUGGUAUCUUGAAAAAUGCUGCCAUCGAUCGAGAAGUGUAUGCGGAUGUGGUGGAAAUUUGCAUCAACAAGGAGCUGAAUGCAACGUAUGGUUUGCUGGCCUACACAGAGAUACUGACGUGCGAUAAAUCAUCCGAUGAGACUGUUAUAGAUGCACUUGAUAUCUCGUUCUUGAUUAUUCUUUGUCUGCUCGUAAGCUGCGUGAUCCUUUCGUCAUGGUACGACAGCUCGAUCAACUACAAACUCAGCUCGGAACAUUACAAACAAGCGAUCGAUAGUAAACGUAAGAAUUAAAUGUAACGUUCAGUU